GAGAAGCUAAUGAAUGUAAUGAGUAUUGGGGAUUGAGGCGCAAUUGGGGUGUCUGUACUGCGAAAUUGUUUGCGUCUGGACGCCAUCUCCGCAUCUCUUCGUGACAAUUCCUAAGCCUUUAUAACCCUCUUCACAGGGUUUUGCAUAGAACCAAGACUUCAAAGAACUUGCACAUCACAAUGUUUUUACGUGAAAAUUUAAAUAAAAGUUAACAUUUAUAGAGCACUAUGUACCAAGUGCUUUAAUUCUUAAUCCUCACAACAACCCUAUGAGGCAGGGACUAUAAUCAUAAACAUCUACACUGUGGAUGAGGAAAUGGAGUUUUAGGAAUGGUAAAGCUACUGGGCCCGAGGCGGAAUCGCCACUUGGAUAGUCGGAACUCCCAGGACUGGCUAAAACACAAGCUCCGUUACUAAGUGACCGCCUCGCGCACGACCCGGGCAUGCGCAGAAAGACACUGACGCACUUCCCUAGGAGCGGUAGAAGACUGGGCGCCGCCGGGGCCGCUGUGAUCCCGGCAUUCCUUGCGUGCCGCCACCACAAUGGCGGCGCCCAUGUUGCGGCUUUUUUCUAGAGGCUGUUGGUCUAGUGCCCCAACCUCAUCAGGAGUCUUGCCCCUGGUGGUCCGUAAGGCUCACUCGGGUGCUCAGGGGUUACUGGCGGCGCAGAAGGCUCGGGGUCUGUUCAAGGAUUUCUUCCCGGAGAGGGGUACGAAGAUAGAGCUCCCAGAACUCUUCGACCGUGGCACGGCGGGCAACUUUCCCCAAACCAUUUACUGCGGCUUCGACCCCACAGCUGACUCGCUGCAUGUGGGGCACCUGCUGGCGCUGCUGGGCCUGUUUCAUUUCCAGCGAGCGGGCCACAACGUGAUCGCGCUGGUGGGAAGCGCCACGGCGCGCCUGGGAGACCCGAGCGGCCGCACCAAGGAGCGCGAGGCGCUGGACGCGGAGCGCGUGCGAGCGAACGCGCGCGCCCUGCACGGAGGGCUCGAGACCCUGGCGGCUAAUCACCAGCAGCUCUUCAAUGAUGGGCGUCCCUGGGGCAGCUUCACCGUGCUGGACAACUCAGCCUGGUACCACAAGCAGCACCUGGUGAACUUCCUGGCGUCACUGGGCGGCCACUUCCGCAUGGGCACGCUGCUGAGCCGGCUGAGCGUGCAGGCGCGGCUCAAGAGCCCCGAGGGCAUGAGCUUGACCGAGUUCUUUUACCAGGUGCUCCAGGCCUAUGACUUCUAUCACCUGUUCCAACAUUAUGGAUGCAGGGUCCAGCUGGGAGGAUCUGAUCAGUUGGGCAACAUCAUGUCCGGAUAUGAGUUCAUCCACAAGUUGACUGGAGAAGAUGUAUUUGGAAUCACUGUCCCUCUGAUUACAAGUACAACUGGAGCAAAGCUGGGAAAGUCUGCUGGCAAUGCUGUUUGGCUAAACAGAGAUAAGACAUCUCCAUUUGAAUUGUAUCAAUUCUUCCUCAGGCAGCAUGAUGAUUCAGUGGAAAGGUACCUGAAGCUCUUCACUUUUCUGCCUAUUCCGGAGAUUGACCACAUUAUGCAACUGCACCUCAAAGAGCCAGAAAAGCGGGGUCCUCAGAAACGACUUGCUGCAGAAGUAACAAAGCUUGUUCAUGGACGAGAAGGACUGGAUUCUGCUAAAAGGUGUACACAGGCCCUUUACCAUAGUAGCAUAGAUGCACUGGAGGUCAUGUCUGAUCAAGAGUUAAAAGAGCUGUUUAAAGAAGCUUCAUUUUCUGAAUUAGUUCUUGACCCUGGAACAAGCGUCCUAGAUACAUGCCGCAAAGCAAAUGCCAUUCCCGAUGGUCCCCGAGGGUAUCGAAUGAUAACAGAAGGUGGAGUCAGUAUAAAUCACAGACAAGUAACAAAUCCUGAGAGUGUUUUAGUUGUUGGACAACAUAUUCUCAAGAAUGGACUUUCUUUACUUAAAAUAGGAAAAAGGAAUUUUUACAUUAUAAAAUGGCUUCAGCUAUGAAAAAUCCUUUUCAAACGAACUUAUCCAUCAUUCAUUCUCAAGACAUGAAAGGUUGGCUCCAGAACUUAUACCUUCGCUUAUGCAAAUCAGAAAAACAGUGGAGUAUACAGUAGGCCUCAAGUGUGAGUAAUUUCAUUAUUUUUAUGGGUUGGUUAAUAAGGUGUCUGUUUCGUGAUGGGAUAUUUUAUUUCUGAUCCACAAACAUUAAGGACUACUAUAGAAAACCAUGAUUCCCAGGGUUAAUCUUUUUUAUAAAAAAUUAUAUUUCACGAAAGAAAUAAAUGCUGUCUGACCUCUCUCUACCCUUGCUCUCCUUUGUGGGAGACAAAAGUAAGAGCAAUGAAAAAGAGGUGGUAUAAGUAAGGAAUUGUGGCUGCUUUUACAUCAGGUAAGGAGCCUGGAUCCUGACCAGUGUUAUGUAGUCGUUAUAAAACCAGCAAUGCCUCUAGUAUCCACAUUAGAAAUGGGAAAAAACAGUAUUAGAAACUUUCUAUAGGUAGAAAUAUUUUAUAAAUUUAGAAACUUUUUAAUUGGCUUUAACUUUCAACUUCCGCCACUAAGCAGACUGCAACUUAAGUAACUGAAAAGUGAAGCAACCAAAGAAA